AUGGAAGUACCUCCAGGUCUUGUUGUGGAAAGACCAGGCUUAGUGUACAAAUUGAAUAAGUCCUUAUAUGGUCUGAAACAAGCAAGCAGGCAAUGGUAUGAGAAGUUGACUGCAGCACUCUGUUCCAGAGGAUACACACACUCCCUACUCGACUAUUCAUUGUUCUACAAGAAGCAUGGAACUUUAGUGGUGUUUGUGGCUGUUUAUGUAGAUGAUGUCCUAAUAACAAGGACUGAUUUACAGGAAAUAGAAGCACUGAAGGCUUUCUUACAUGAGACCUUCAAAAUAAAGGACAUGGGAAGGCUACAUUAUUUCCUGGGAUUGGAGAUUCUGUACAAGGAUGAUGGGGUACGAAUAUCUCAAAGGAAAUUCACAAUGGAUCUAUUGACAGAGUUUGAUUGCACCAAGUACUCUACUUUAACUUCUCCACUUAACCCUUCAACUAAGCUAAGUGCAGAUAAAGGGUCUUUACUUCCUGAUCCUUCUCACUAUAGGAGACUAGUAGGAAAGCUAAAUUUCUUAACUAAUAUAAGGCUUGACAUAUCUUAUAGUGUGCAGCAUUUGAGUCAAUACAUGCAGAGUCCUACGGAGCCACACCUGAAAGUCGCAUACCAUGUACUUAGGUACCUUAAAGGUGAUCCAAGCUUAGGGAUUUUUCUAUCCAACAGCAAAAACUACAGGGUUCAAGCCUUCUGUGACUCAGACUGGGCAACCUGCCCUGAGUCAAGGAAAUCAGUUAGUAGAUAUGUUGUGUUGCUAGGUGAUAGCCCUAUUAGCUGA